CAGGUAUGGCGCAAUGCCUCGAGUACCCACUUCAAUCGACUUUGGCUAUCCUACAUAUGCAUGGCUCACCAUACGACAAGAAUAAGGCUUUGGUCUGUUUCUGGUUUCUGCGUACCCUAACGUUGCUAUCUCUUCGGUCCUCUUUUCCAUAGUAGCGGUCGACCAUGUAUUUCCGGUUGGUCUCGCUCACUGCCCUUUUGUCAAUCGAAUGGGCCACUGUCUGCUCUGCAGCAAAGGUUCCAUCUAGGAGAGAACAAGUUCCCUUACUAGUUGCUGAACAGUCCAAGCCGACGAAGCGUGUAGCUAUCGUGGGGGGAGGGACGGGCGGCGUCACAGCGCUCAAGACGCUACUAGGCGACUUGCCAUCUGAGACGACACGCGACUGGGAGAUCGUCCUCUUCGAGCAACAUCGAGAUGUGGGCGGCGUAUGGCUUCCCGACUUGGAGCCACCCAAUUACCCAGAACUCCCUGGAACACCGCUAUACCCUCGGCUCAAGACUAAUACACCACACCCUACUAUGACGAUACCCAACUUUCCGUUUAGACCUCUCACGGACCUCUACCCUCACCAUCCAUAUGUACAACAAUACCAUGCCGACAUCAUCUCUCACUGGAAUCUCUCAUCUUAUCUCCGACUCAAUCACGAAGUCCUUGAAUCGCGCUGGCUUGGCACGAGCGAGGACGGUCACUGGCGCCUGGACGUCCUCGAUCACGUUCAAGGUCGCACUAUUCAAGCAAAUUUCGACCACCUCAUUGUGGCGAACGGACAUAAUCACUAUCCGUACGAGCCAACCUUCGAAGGGAGAGAGAAGUGGCUAGAGCAGUCGAGCGACAGGAUUGUCUUCCAUUCCAUAUUCUACCGUGAACCGGAAGACUAUGCGGGGAAGAACGUCCUCGUCGUUGGUGGGGGAGCUAGUGGGCGCGAUAUCGCUCUCCAAGUCGUUGGGAUCGCCAACUCGACGACGGUUUCGUUGAAAUCCACUGAGAGAACCAAUAACCCGGCUUUCCCCUCCAUCCCUGGAGCCGCCUUCAAACCUCGGAUUUCCCACUUCACGUCCGACUCCGUCGUAUUCUCGGACAGCUCUGAGCUGGCCCACAUCGAUACCGUCAUCCUCGCCACCGGAUACGAUUAUCGCAUCCCAUUCCUCACCGCAGGUGGCCAUCUCGACGAAAUAUCCACCAGCGUGACUCUCGAUUCGACACAUCCGGCCGCCAUUGCGGCCAGCAAAUCGGAGCACCUAGUCACCAAUCAUCGAUAUAUCCGACCCCUCUUCUCCCACGUCCUCUCCCUCGACACCGCAUACCCGCUCGGAGCCCUGUACUUCAUCGGUCUUCCUGUAUUCGUUGCCAACGCCAUCUCCGACACCGCAGGCGCUCUUUUCACCGCACAUACGAUCGCAAAUGCUUCACUCCUUAGUUCUCGAGAAGAAUUUCUUGAAGAUUUAUCGCGUCAGGAGCGGGAAGUCUCUCGCGUUGGGGAUCCGUGGUAUAUCGGGCAUAGACAGGUAAACACGCAAGGUCCCAGCGAAGAAUCAAAUCAAGAUCGGCUGGUGCGGUACUUGCAGGUCAGGGGUGUGGAUCAGGACGAUGACACGGGCGGGUCGCACAGGCAUGGCAGUGGGAUUAUCCCGCCAAAGGGGAAGAACUUCACAGAAGAUUGGAGGAUAUUGGGGAGAGGGCAGGGCGAUCUGCUCAAGAAGGGUUGGGAGAGAGUGAAAGCGAGCGGGAGAGAUACGGUUAGGCAAUGGUUGGCAGGUAGGGAGACGGAAGGGGAGUGGGCCGACCUUUUGCGAAAGCUCAUAAGAUGGGAGAAGGAACAAGAGAAGGAGAGCGUGGCGAAGAGCUUGUGAUAUGCGGUAGAGCCCCUCGGUCCUCACUUUAUGGAUAUAUAGUUGGCAUAUUGUUCUCAUGAGUACUGCAGCAUCGUAAUACUUAUACGC